AACUAACUGAACGAUCAUUCCUUACUCUUCCGCUGAAGCCGGACAGCUGCUAACAGCUCUUUAGGAUGCCGUUCGCACAGCUGGUGAUAGGCCCGCCUGGCUCGGGAAAGUCAACAUACUGCAAUGGUAUGCACCAAUUUAUGACUGCCAUAGAACGAAAAGUUUCCGUCGUGAAUCUCGAUCCCGCAAACGAUCAAACAUCAUAUCCAUGCGCACUUGAUGUACGUGACCUGGUCACAAUAGACGAGAUCAUGGAGCAGGAGGACUUGGGCCCAAACGGUGGUGUCCUGUAUGCUUUGGAAGAGUUAGAGCAUAAUUUCGACUGGUUAGAGGAAGGAUUGAAGGAGCUCGGAGACGACUAUAUUCUGUUCGACUGCCCUGGUCAGGUCGAGCUCUUCACACAUCACUCUUCAUUGCGAAACAUAUUCUUCCGUCUUCAAAAGCUCGGGUACAGACUCGUAGUAUUACACCUCACCGAUUCUAUCGUGCUCACCCGCCCUUCGCUUUAUGUAUCCUCCCUACUGCUUGCGCUACGGAGCAUGCUGCAAAUGGAUUUGCCACAUUUGAAUGUGCUCACAAAGAUCGAUAAUCUCCACAAUUAUCCGAACCUACCGUUCAAUCUAGACUACUAUACUGAAGUGCAGGAUCUCUCAUACCUACUCCCACUCCUAAACAAGGAACAAACAUCGGGAAUACCUGGACCUACAAGCGCAACAACAAAGGAUGUUGCGGAAGGAGACGAACCCGUAUCCAAGUACUCCGCACUGAACCAAGCAAUCGUGGAUUUAGUCGAAGACUUUGCGCUUGUAGGAUUCGAGACAUUAGCUGUGGAGGAUAAGAAGAGCAUGAUGAUCUUGCUCCGCGCAAUUGAUCGCGCAGGAGGCUACGCCUUUGGGGGAGUUGAGGGCGCAAAUGAUACAGUCUGGCAGAUGGCAAUGCGCCAGGAUGCUGUCACCAUGGAUGCCCGAGAUGUCCAGGAACGAUGGCUCGACCGGAGAGAGGAAAUGGACGAGGAAGAGCGAAAGGGUUGGGCUGAGGAAGCUGGCCCUGCGGCCAAUAUAUCUCAUCCAUCUGCGCAAGCCGGUCAACAACGCACCUUUCCGGACGAGGACGAAACACCUAAGCAAUCUGGUGGCGACGCGGACGAUGAAGAUAUGGAGGAUGACUUAGAAGAAAUGCGGAAAUUCAUGGAGAAGAAGGACAAGGACGAUGGUAUCAAGGUGACUAGGAAACCGCAAGGGUGAAUAUACAAAUCAGAACCGCGGUGACUGACGAGGCGUAAGACGCCAGUCUGAACUUGCGCUCUCUGGAACAGUCAACAACGAGAAACACCACACAUGCAUUCAUCCAGUUCAUCGAAGAAGGUGAAAGUGAAAUCAACCUGUAGGUAAAAGUAACGCGUCGAAAAAGAGGGGCAUCCCACCAAUGCAGGGUCCGGGUUGUGACUUGCUGCGUCGCGUUUACAGGUGAAAGGUGGUGAAAGCAUUAGGUUACCUAGGCAUUGAGUGGCUGUUAGAGCCCCAGGUCAAACAAACACAUAAC